GCUAUCGCUUGUCUACAGAGUAAAGGGGAGGAGGAAUAAGAAAGAAACAGAAAACUAUGGCGAGGAAGAAAAGGACUAAAGCGAAAGAAAAGGAAUCAAGUAAACACACAUAACACUUAUAUAGUUGCAAAAGACUCUCCAAGCCCAUUACAUCGACUUGCCUCAUUUAUACAUUAAAAGAUCCUUGAGAAAUAGCUCAGUUACUUAUGCUGAACAUGGAGAAUGCCAAUGAGACCAUGCGGAAGUACGCUCUCGAUACUUUGGCCAAAACCUCUUCCCACUUCAAAUUGCAGAUGGAAGUUCUGGCCAAAGAAAUUCAUGACCACAUAGAAUCUACAACCCACAAACUCGCUUCCUUCGACCAAGAGAUCGCUGCCAGGAAAGGAGAUCUUCGACUGUUCGCUCAAACUUGGCACUUGAGGCCCACAGAUUUAGACCAAAUCUUGAACGAUAUUCCCGCUAUUCGACCGUCCUGGCCAGAUGUUCUUUCACCUACACUAGGCCCAGCUAUCUGCUUUCCGUCGUCAGUCACUGCAUCGAAGCCUAGAAAUUAUGCGGAAGCAUCAUCGCAAACUGAUAAAAACAUCCUUGAUUCCCUCCAUGGUCCUGUCGCACUAGGAUCAGACAUGUUUCAGACAACAUGUCAUGGUCUAGAAGAUACUUAUGUCCAAGACCCAGCCGCUAAGUUACUCAACGUUCCAAAAGAAGGCGUUCCUCGUGACCCCAGAGGUUCUAUCACUGUCAGUGGAACAGAAUACUUCUCGAGAAGUUCGUCAACGUUGCAUGGCCUUCCUGGCCCCGAUCACCAUGAAAGCACCACCAGGGACAGGACGCCGAGUGCCGAGAGACCGUUCAGCUUGAUACAUCAAGUAACCGGAAGGUCUAUAGACAGCAACCGUCUCACAGCCAGAGAGUUCCCCUUUGUCGUUCAUGAAUUCCCGGGAAUCAUCUGUAUUUUGCGAUGUCCAUGUCGUGAAUUCUACUUUGAAAGCAACCCCUUCAAGUUUCACGAGGGCAUCAAACAUUUUUAUCGUUUUCAUCCUGAAAUUUGCCAAGGUGAAAUUCCUACAGCAAUAUUUCUUAUCGAGAAUUAUGCUAGAAAAGUCAACGGAAUGACCUCUGGCGCUCUCAACGUCCGAAUAAGAUGGUUAAAAAAAGGGUUGAACGGUUCCUGCAAAAGAAAGAUGAACCACAAAACUCGUCUCUCUCUAUUGACACCAUAUGAUCCAACCAAAACUUCCCGCAGGCGUGCAAAGCCUCGCCGCCAGACAUCCAACGCAGUACCGGGGAUCCGCGGUAGUCUUAUUACAGUAGUUAGUAGUGCCGAUACCCCUUCCAAGUCACAAACCUAAUACACAUCACUGUCUGACAAAAUGCAUCAGCAGUCGCAAGCAACUCGCUUUGGUCGGCUCGAUGAUGAACGAGAAGAUUCCGAUGGUGGCGAUGAAGACGAUGACGACAACGAAGAAGAGGAUAGCGAA